GUGUGGAAGCAGAAGUUGAAAGGCUAUUACUGUCAAUUGACACUGGAAACAAUCCCCGGGAAAGCUCAACCACCAUCCACCCAUUUCCUCCUUACACAAUCUUGCGUUCUCUUCUUGGUCUUUGCUCUGCUGAAAAGAACACAGAUUCAAGAACAACAAAAAUGGAAAGCACCCUGUUAUUGCCACCCAGAUUUCUUUCCAUUAAAGGCAGAGAAUGUUGUGGCAAUGUGAGGCUGUUUCAGAGCUCCUUUUGUGGCAAAUUCAUUGCUAACCCCCAAUUUAUGACAACUGAUGCAUAUACCAAUCACAAAAGCAGCACCAAGAUAACUUCAUUUUUUUCGAUUGGCAAGAAGGCCAAGAUAAUCAAGAAAGAAACGGUUGUUCCAGAUCCAGAUUAUCGAAUACCGAUUGUUCUUCUAGGUUUAGCUGGUGGUUUAGUGUACAAUGAUAAUCUAUUAGCAGCUGCUCCUGCUGGUCUUCUUGGCUUACUUUUACUCUUUCAGACAACUCGAGUGAGGUUCGUCUUCGAUGAUGACUCCCUGGAGGUGAAAGUUGGACAAGAGCUCGAGGACUCGGGUGAGAAUGUGUUUGUCGGUGGCAAAAACCGUUGGAAAUAUUCUUCAUUCGUGAACUGGGAGCUUUGGUGGCCAAAUUUCCCGAUUUUGGUUUACUUUAAGGAAACACAAACGAAGCCCGAAGGACAAGUCCACUUUUUCCCCGUGAUCUUUAAUGGGAAACAGUUAUAUGACGUUAUGGUGGAACGAGCAGGCCCUUCGAAGACUAGUGGCCCCAAUUAGUAACGAUGAUAGAGAUGUCGAAAUUUGAAGAGUUUGUCGAUCGGUUCUUGAUCGAGAUUUAUACGUAUAAAGGCGGGUGUUACCGUAUACAAGAUUCGUUUGUUAGUAUUCAAAUGCUAAGAUAUAUUUGAAACUAGUUCAAUGUGUUGGAUUACAAUACUGGUAGUUCUAAUCUAUCUCUCCUCCAUAAAAUAAAAGAAAUGCAAGAAUCAAACCGGUUAACCGAUUGGACCUUUAACCGAUUCUUGAA